GUUCAGACAAUGGAUGGAUGGAUCACUUCUCAUUGAUCAUUUAAUAUAUAUGUACGCUACAGUCCCUUCUAAACAUGGUAUUCAUUAAAAUUUGGCUUAUUUUUGAUACACUUUUUAACAUUUGGGCUUUUUUUUAAAUACCUGUUUCAUAUUUCACCCAUUCACUAUUAUUUUGUUUUGGUUGACCGUUUUGCUGUUGAAAACUGUUUCGCCACCAAUAAUAAUUUUGUUCUGUUCUAAUCUGGACAAACUCCUGAUCCUGAUCCUUCAUUAAGAACCUAACGAGAUUAAAGGAUUCACAUAUGUUCCUGGUCUUAGACAGUUUCUUAAAGAACCAACAAUAUCGUCUGCUUUUUAACUCUAACAUGACAUUACAAUUCAACAGCUCCAUUAAUAAUAACACUGAUCAGUGAUCAGAUCAGAUAGUCAAGAUUAGUCAGCUGAUGUUCAUUCUGUGCUGAGAGAGGAUGAGGAGGAGGGGUUGAGGAGGAGGAGGAGGUAGAGGAGGGAGUAAAAACAUUGGAGGUGAACUGAGACAAGAGAGCUAAUAAAGAUGAGGGUUGCACGGAGGAGGAAGAGAAUAUGAAAAAGAUACAAAAGGGGAGCUGAAAGAGGAAAACUCCUACAUAAUCUAACUCAGAUCCAACCUGGAGUCACCAAGGGACGGAGCAGGUGAGUGACUAACAGGACAAAUGUUGGAGACACGUCUCACUGGUGGACAGCCGAUCACUAGGAAAAUUCCUGCUCACACUGUCAUCAUGCCAACUUCACACAAACCUUCACCUGCUGUCUAUUUAAAAAAAUCAUGAAGGAGCUGAAACUUUAUUGGAGAAAUGUGGAUGCCAAUCAAAUUUCUGUCUGACUGAAGUCCACCAUGUCCCCACCCAAAUGGCUCACCGACUGGUCACAUUUAUCUGUCUUCCUCCUUGUGCUCUUGCUGCCAAUGUGCUGGUCUCAGACUGACAAUCCAUUUGAGAAGUGCAGCUCCUCACUCAGCUCAGAGGAAGGCGUGGGGUGGCAGCCCUAUGCCUGUCAGCCACCUUCAGCCAACAUGAAGGAGUUCAUGCAGAUUAGAGUUGACCCCCCUGGGAUCACCUGUGGAAACCCACCUGAAAGGUUCUGCACACUGGAGAACCCAUACCUGUGCAGCGAUGAGUGUGAUGCCUCUAGCCCUGACCUGUCUCACCCCCCUCAGUUGAUGGGAGACAGGGAGAGGAGUGGGCUCAUCACCUACUGGCAGACAGUCACAUGGUCCCGGUAUCCAGAGCCACUGUUGGCUAACAUCACCCUUUCAUGGAACAAGAGCCUGGAGGUGGUUGAUGAUGUUGUCAUCACCUUUGAGUAUGGCCGACCGACCAGCAUGGUGCUGGAGAAAUCUGUAGACAAAGGUGCAACCUGGCAGCCAUAUCAGUACUACGCUGAUGACUGUCUUGAAGCCUUUGGCAUGUCGCCCAAACAAGUUUCGGAUUUAGCACCAGCAAACUUGACCAGAGUCAUCUGCACUGAGAACUAUUCCCGCUGGGUUGGAGCCAAGGAGAAGAAGGAUGUGGUGUUUGAGGUGCGUGCUCGGUUUGGCGUGUUUGCGGGUCCAAAGCUUAUAAACAUGGAUGCUCUUUACACCCGAAUGGAAACAAUGAAAGGCCUCAGAGACUUCUUCACCUUUACGAACCUGCGACUGCGGCUUCUCCGACCAGCGCUAGGAGGCACCUACGUUCAAAGAGACAACCUGCUGAAGUACUUCUAUGCUGUUUCCAACAUCGAAGUACCUGCAAGGUGUAAGUGUAACCAGCACGCGUCUCGAUGCGUGCUGCGAGAUGCAACCCUGCAGUGUGACUGUGAGCACAACACCACCGGACAGGACUGUCAGCUCUGCAGAGGAGGGUUCAGAUCUCGCAGCUGGAGAGCAGGAUCAUACCUGCCCCUCCCCAAAGGCACUGCCAAUACCUGUGAAGCUCCUAAAAGUGAAACCACGACUGGUGUGUCUAACUAUGAUGCAUCUGAUGGACCUUCUGCCUCAUCAGAUGGAGUGGCUGACCCUGCUCUGGUUCCUACUCCAAUUCUGACUCCAUUCACUGACAGCUCUGCCACCACUAACCCUAAAACCGUUAGUGAUACCCAGACUUAUAUAAACGCUGCUGAUGGGACACCUGCACUCAUUGGUAGUACUACUUCAGAUACUGGUAGUACUGAUAACAGGCCCUCUACCACUACCAAUAGUGUGUUUUUGUAUACAAUGAGUACUGUGGAGAGCACAGAAAAGGCUCUUACAACAUCAGAUGUGUUCAGUAGCUCUACCACCGCUGACACAUGGAGUAUCACUGCCCCAGAAAGAGUUACUGAUGCUGAUACUACUACUACAGUCAGUCCUACUGGUAGUGGUAGUACUACGAGUAGUUUCAUGGUUAACACCGAUACUACGACUUGCUUCACUUGUACAAGUGAUGCUGAUGUUCCGUUAGACUUAUCCCAGACCACUGGCAACAGUCCUGUAGGUUUUCCUGCCACCACUGUCAGCUCAGUGAUGACUGAAGCGGACUUGAGUAGGACAUCAGGACCUUCAGGAGAAACAGCUACACCAAACACCUCAGAUUUGGAGACUGGGGACCGUUUGUUCACACCAGUUUUCACCAAUCCCAGUGUGACCACUAGUAGCUAUGGUCCCAGCAGUACCAACCCAGUAAUCUCAGGCAUAAAUAGCAAUCUGGGGGUUUCUGGGACUGAUUCGGUGUCUGGAUCCUUGAGCACCACUUCAGGCUUCACCUUAUCUGGGGAUUUUAAUGCUGACCUGGUGACCAGUCUUAUUCCACCUUCUGUUGGUGUAGUGCCAUCGUCCAAAGACCCGAAUUCAGCAACCACUCCAGAACUAACACCUUCCAGAGACCUGGCAUCAUUUGGAGAUCUUCUGCCAACUGGUUCUGCACCAACCACACAAGAAGUAGAGGAUUCACUGGAAGCAGGAUAUGGGACCACCUCUGCUGCUGAAAGCCUUUCAGAACCUCCUCUGGAUGCUUCUCUCCCAGAUGUUCCUUUGAAUGUACAGUCUUUGGAUCGUUCUCCUAAUGAAGCUAUUCCUGUAACCCAAUCCCUUGGUGUACUUUCUCCAAAAGUGCCUCUGUCUGAUGUACCUCUGAAAGAAGCAUUUACUGAGUUACCUCCUCCAGAGCCGACUUCAGGAAUACCAUCCUCUACAGAUCAAGUUACGUCGAUCGAUAUGCCUCCUUCAGACGUUCCUUUUGUAGGAUCACCAACUGAAGUCGUCUUUACUGGAGUGUCCUGUCGUGAAUCAUCUCCUCCAACAGAGCCAUGUUUUAAAACUCCAGGUGAUUCAAUGGGCGUAACUUCUCUAAACUCACCUCUUUCUGUCACAAUUCCAAAGGAACCUUCUCCCGGUCCACAGUCUUCAAAUGCUCCUCCCCCAGAGCUACAAUCCUCUGGAAAUCCAGACAUUCUGAAGGAGACUCCUGGUCCUGCUCCUCCUGUCGAAUCUUCAGUUCCUCCCUCUGGAGGAGAAAGAGAGGAGGCAUCAGACAAAGUUUCUAGAACCUUAAGUGAAUCAAACCUUUCAGCGAGCUUAAAUUCAGAGCAAGAAAAUAAUCCAGAGUUUAAAUCUGAACAAGGAGCUGCCGGUGGUCCACUUUCUAAGCAGGAAAGUGUUUCAUCUGAGGACAUCGCUCAACCCUCCGGAGAAGUCGAGCUGGAAGAAAAGAAAAAGUCCAACAAGGAGGAAACUGACGAGCAAGAACGGAGGAAAGCGCUAACGAGCAGCAAACCUAAAGAGGAGAAGACAAAAGACGAAAAAGGAUUUGAGAAGAAAGCCACCCAGAAGAUUCUGAUCCCAGGAGGACCAAAGUUUAGUCAGUUGUCCAAGAUCAUUUAUGUCAACUUCCAGGACUGUGAGUGUAACGGUCACUCCAACCGUUGCAGUUACAUCGAAUUAAUCAAUGUGGUCACCUGUGUGAGCUGCAAACACAACACACGAGGACACAACUGCCAGUACUGUCGCCUCGGUUACUAUAGAAACGCCUCGCUGCCGCUGGAUGACGAGAACAUCUGUGUCGAGUGUGAGUGUAAUCCUGACGGCAGUACUCAUCCUCACUGCUCUGAUGAUGGACUCUGUCGCUGUAAGCUUGGAGUCACGGGGAGGCGCUGUGACUCAUGCUUACCUGGUUACACCUGGCGAGAAGGUGGAGGCGGAUGUAAAGAGAAUGCGUGUGACUCGGAACGACUCGUCUGUCAGAACGGCGGCACCUGCGUUGACUUUCAGGGCUGUGUGUGUCCAGACACCUAUACAGGAACGUUCUGUGAGAAGAACGUCUGUCUGAAGAAAGGUGGCUGCUCUGAAAAUGCUGCAGGAUCUCCGCUGACGUCACACGUCUACCUGCUGACCCUCAGCCUAAUCACUGCCUCCUUCUCCUGACCACGCCCCCUCACACCAACAGCUCAUCUUGUUUUCUGGUGGGACCGGAUGUGACAUCCCACUCAGACAUCAGAGCGACUGGCUUCUCAGCAGUUUUGCUGAAAAUGUUAUUCUGUGGAUGAAUGUUUCUAGUGUUUGGGUUUCAUGACAUCACUCCACGCUUCUCCGGUGCUCCACAAAUAUGUACUAUAGUACCCAGAAUGCCUCAGUGUAACAAAACACCCGAGGUGUACCUUCCCUUUAACUCCAACAACCUCUCAGCAGCUGAGAGCUCUAAAUAUCUGCCUUGGGAGGUUCACAGAUGUUCACAAAGGAAACGUUCUGCUGGUCACAGUUUAGCCGUCAUCUCAUGAGUCAGCCUGAACAUCCGCUUCAUUUUCAUCAUUUUAAAAAUUGUUGUACCUAAUUUAAUGACAAACCUGCUAAUGAAGAUAUCUGACACAAAUCAUCCUUUCACCAGAAUUAGCGUUCAUCCACGCAGGAUUUAGGACGUAAGGAAAUGAAUGCUGCCGCCUCGUCUUGGCAGAGGGGGUUUGAGUGUGGAACCAACGGCAAGCAGGUCCUUGAUCAGACAAAGUGCAGCCCAAACAGCCCUCAUGAUGAUAGGAAUGCUGGCCACAGUGGCCCCCCCUCUGGGGCCAGGCCUGCAGAUGGAGCACUCAGAAGAACAAGAAGAGUUCAGAUACCAGUGAUGAACUUUCUCCUCAAGCCGGGCGGACACUCUGUGACUUUUUCACUUUUUUGAGCCGAUUUUCCACUCGUGCGAGAAUCCACGAGAUCGGGGCGAGUUUAGCGCCGAGCGUCGUGUAGUGUACAGGGGGUUACGAGAGGCGAUUAACACCACGUGACCAGCUACCGAUCAGCAAUCGUAAGCUAGCACGGACUUCUGGUGUGUUUGAUAUUUCGCUCGUCCCUCGUGAGAGUAUCGCACUGUCGAAGCGGCGCUGCGAGCGACCCAAAAAGUAUCAGAACCGCUCACGGCGCAUGCGCAAUCAUGCAUCAACACCGCUCGCCUGCUAUUUCCCUAAUAACACACGUUGUUCGUUUUUAUUUCUACACGGUUUUUUACUCACAAAGAUUGUCAAUAAAGCGUGUUUGACGUGUUCAUGUCAAUUAAACUGAUCACUAAACACAGAUUUACUUUCUUUAUUUUGUUUUCCUCAUCCAACCCCCAUAAAUCCCUGUGUGUCCUCCUGCAGCACUCCCGAAGGACAACAGGCAAGUUGUGUAAAAACUGCUAUUUUUAGCAUAUUUUUAGGUCCGACGUGUUGCUACCAGACGUGCAUCGUGAGCACAUGGCACGUGAGAUCUGCCCUGCGAGGAAGUCGUAGCUGAAGCGGAGCGCUACGGGUGAAAAAGUCGCACAGUGCCGUCGUCAGUUGAUCCCAGCCUUACAGCCCCACCCUCAGCUCCUCAUCUCUUCCCUUUUAUGGAAUUGUCUGGGCUGGACGGAACCUGUGACACGGUCAAAAUGUCGGUGGUGGCCACCUCCCAUUUUAGCACAAAAACUUGUUAUUGGAGCCUAUGGAAACCCAUUGUCCAUAUAUUAAUGUCGAUGGUGUCCGCCCAGCUUUAGAGAUCAGGUGGGAAGUUUGGUCAUCCAGGAAGGGCUCAGAGUAGAUCUUCUGCUCCUCCACACCGGCAGGUGGCUCAGGCAUCUGGUUACCUCAUGGACGCCUCCCUGGUGAGGUUUUCCAGGCAUCCAAACAGGAGACCAAAGGGAAGACCCAUAAUGGAGGGACUAUGCUUCUCUGACCAGGGAACACCGUAGUAGCCUACUUCCACCGGAGGAGCCCCUAAACCCGAACCUGGCCCCAGAUAAGCAGGGAAAAUGGAUGGACACUAAAAAAUAAACCCAGCGUUCAUCUGUCCCACUUUGUGCCUGGCUGGAAGUUUUAUUGUAGUAGAAAUAAACAACUAGUAAAUCAUGAUCAGAUAUUAAAGUUGUUAUUUAACUGGUAGAGCAGAGCACUAAUAAAAGUUUUAUAGAGCUUUCUGGAGUAAACUUUAAAUGUCACAAAGUGUCUUUUUAGAUCAUUAACUUUUCAUUCCUUUGAUCACAACAAUCAUUUAAAGGAGACACGGCCCAAGCUGACUUCUAUCCGACAUUUCAAGUUUCCUGCAUGAAUCAAAACGCUACACGAAGCUGAUCUCAAACAUUUCUGACUGCUACCCAGCUUGCAGGUUCCACAGCUGUAAGUAGAUAACUCUACAACAGUCCUCACAUCCUAAAACCUCCAACUGCCUCACAACACAGACAUGUUAACUGUGUAUUUGGGAAAUUAUUGGAAAACUGGUUACAACUCAAAUGCAUUUUAUUAUAAAUGUGGGUCUAAUGUGUGAUUAUCAGAAACGAACAAGUCAGCUGACUAACACGGUUCAUGUGGUUAUUAAAACACGACAUUCACAGAGAA